AUGUCUCUGGCUGCAAAGUCCCUUGUGCUCAUCGAGGUGGACGAUUUGAUCGUCUCCGGAGAUGCUAAGGUGCUUUCGAGUUUGAAGGAGCGCCUCUUUGAGCGCUUCAAGUUCGGUAAAUGGGAAGAGGGGGAGGCUGACUAUGCGGGGCGGCACAUCCAGCAGAAGGGAACGAAGAUAAUCGUAGAUCAGGAGAAAUAUGUCCGAGAGCAACUGACCCCCAUUGCCCUUGACAAGCAUCGCCGAGGGGAGACCUCGAGCGCCUUGACUGCCGCGGAAAUUUCGUCUUACAGGACGACCGUGGCCCAGAUCCAGUGGCUGGCGCGCGAGUCGCGUCCAGAUGUCUGCGGCAGCGCCUCGUUGUUGGCGGCCGCUUUGCCUGAGCCGACAGUCGAGGGCGCCCUGAUGGCGAAUAAGGCAGCUGGAUGGCUCGUGUUUGCAGCGGAUGGUGCCAUUCGCGAGAACCGCCGUGCGAGAGUGAGCCUGCUGUCGUGGCGUAGCCAGCGGCUCAAGAGAGUCGUG